AUGCUUCCGUAUUUCUUCCUCCUCCUGGCAGCGUCUGCGUCGCUCGUCAAUGCCUCGCCCGCCGUUCAUGGCGCCGAGCAGUACAGACAAGGAGUCGUCGAUUUACCACUUGGCUAUGCCUCUUUGAACGGCGGCAUGCAUGGUGGGCAAGGUGGUCGGGUCACAAUUGUAUCUGACCUGACUGCUCUCACUAAUGCGGCCGCCGACCCGAAUCCCCACAUCAUCUACGUCAAUGGAACGAUUUCGGGAGCUGCUAUGGUAAGGGUCGCUAGCUACACGACGAUUCUGGGCAUCGAAAACUCUAGCCAACUCAUCGGCAUCGGUUUGGCCAUCAAGAAGGUCAACAAUGUCAUCGUUCGCAACCUUGCUAUCAGCAGAGUUCAGGCCUCGACUGGCGAUGCCAUCUCCAUUCAGUACGCGAAGAACGUCUGGAUCGAUCACAUGGACCUCUCCUCCGACAUGGACCACGACAAAGACCACUACGAUGGUCUCCUCGACAUCACCCACGGCAGCGAUUGGGUCACCGUCUCGAACACCUUCUUCCACGACCACUACAAAGCCUCCCUCAUCGGCCACUCGGACUCCAACUCCGCCGAAGACCAAGGCCACCUCCACGUAACCUACCACAACAACCACUUCUCCAACAUCUACUCCCGCAUGCCGUCCAUCCGCUUCGGCACCGUGCACAUUUUCAAUUCCUACUACGACGGCGGCGACACCGCCGUCAACGCCCGCAUGGGCGCCCAGGUUCUCGUGGAGAGCUCAGUGUUCGCGGGAGUGAAAGAUCCGGUGACGAGUGAGAACUCGAAAUUGAAGGGGGGUGCGGUUGUGAAUGGGUGUGAUUUGGGUGGGAAGGCGAGUAAGGCGCAGGAGGGGAAUUUGAAGACCGUGCCGUAUGGGUAUAAUCGGUUGAGGAGUGGGGAGGUGAGAGAUGCGGUUGUGGGUGUGGCGGGGAAUACGCUCAAGUUGGGUUGA